AUGUCGCUCCUCGCCUAUCCCUUCCACAUUCUCAGCGCGAUAUUUCGCUUCAUCUUCCAAACUCUUCGAAUACCUAUACCGAAUGUCCCGCUUUCCUCGCUCAGCUUUGGCGGCCUGUUCGCCGCGUUACGUGCUCCGCCGCUUGAAGCGCAUACUGAAGCCGAACGAUGGGUACGAGCACUCGAAGAAGAGACUGGCGCACGAUCUUCGUCGUCAGAGACUGGCAUAUCGACCGGCGCGGGCGAAGCUGGUCCGUCAAGUCUGCGCCAACGCGGUACUGCGCAUCAGCCAGAGCGCGUGCUACCGGACUUCUUCAUCGGCGCGUACGAGGACGCGUUAAGGAUAGCGCAGAGGGAGCUCAGGAUAGCGUGCAUUGUGCUUGUUAGCGCCGAGCAUGACGACGAUGGGCCGUUUAAGCGCGAGGUCCUGUCUGAUCCGGCGUUUGUGGGGAUGUUGGAGAGGGAAAAUAUUCUGGUAUGGGGUGGGGAUGUCAGAGGGAGAGAGGCCUGGUCUGCUGCGCAGAAGCUAGGCGCCACAACUUACCCAUUCGUCGCUUUCGCCGCCUUGCAACCUCCACGCGGCCUCAACACCUCCAGCACGAGCCCGCUAAUGACCGUCCUCUCUCGGCACCAAGGCCGUGCAUCAACAACCUCCGCUCUUUUGCGGGACCAUCUCACAACCUCACUCCUCCCCCGUGUCAAUCCCUUCCUUGCCCGCCAACGCGCACAAGCAGCCGAACGCGAGCUCGCGCGGAGAUUACGCGCGGAGCAGGACGCGGCAUUUGAGGCGAGUGCUGCGAGGGACAGGCAAAGAGCUGAAGAGCGCGAGAUGGUUGAGAGGGAGAAGCAGAGGAAGGAGCGGGAGGAGGAGGAAAGGAGAGAGCAAGAGGAGAUCGCUGCUGCUAAGGCGGAUAGUGCGCGCGAGGCGUGGCGCCGCGAUGCGAGGGCGGCGUUUUUGCCGCCUACGGGUGGCUCACCGGCCCCUGGGAGUGUACGCGUUGGUAUACGGCUCCCCAAUGGUUCGCGCAACACGGUUGCGUUGGCACGCGAUGCGAGCGUGCUCAGCUUGUUCGCUGCUGUCGAUGCUGCUUUGCAUCCUGUCGACGGCACCUCGUCGAGCUCUGGUACAGAUGCUGAAACACCAGAUGCGCUAAUGCACGAACAUGCACUCGGACCGGACGAGUGGUGGGGCUUCAAAAUCUUCAACAGCUACCCUCGCCGCGCGGUGGAGUACGACUCGACGAGGAGUGUACAGGAUGCUGGUGUGGAGGGCAGUGUCAGUGUUGAGCUUGUAAGCCUUGAACGGGUUGGUUCUGCUCGAUCAGCCACGAGUGGGGAUGGAGAUGAGGAUGGGUAUGAUACUGAGGAUGAGUAA